AUGCCCCGCGCCCGAACGGCUCUGCUAGCGACGACAACGUCGUCGGGUGGCUCCAGCACCGGAGGAUCCGACCGGCGCGUAGUCUUCCUGGCCAGCCAGCCCUGCGCCCCUCAGGGCUCGAGCCACGACACCCGCACCUGGCCUCACCACUGGUCGCCUACGGCUGGAAACGAUUACAAAUCAGUGGAAAACUCCUCUCCAAAUACGGAUAGCAAAAUGAGACUACCUAAAGGCCAAUCCACCAGCUGGCCAGACGGACCGAGUAACACAAGCAGCAUGCCACGCCAAAGUACGAGUGACGGAAACCGCCAUUCGUCUUCUUCAGCCGAUUUCGGCACCAACAACAAUGGCUCGACCACUGCAUCAACUCAGCACUGCCACAAUAGCAGUGCCACGACGACAACGACGACGACGAGUGGCUGCAAAAGAGGCCUAAGAUUCGGUGUCUAUGGCUGGAGGAGGCGCUGCCUGUACUUUCUGCUGUUCGGACUCGCUGUCGUGGUCAUACUCAACUUGGCACUUACCCUCUGGUUACUCAAGGUCAUGGAGUUUAGCCUCGAGGGCAUGGGUUCAUUGAAAGUAAUCCCCGGUGGCAUUGAACUGAGGGGCCAAGCAGCCAUCCUCGACGCCCUGAUAGCCUCGAGCGUUAAAUCGAGGCGGGGCAGCAAUCUUAUGCUUGAGUCUUGGUCGAACUUCACCGCUUCGGCCAGGGGCGAUAAUGGCCAAACGCUUGCCCGAUUUACUUUAAGUGAGGACAAGGCCGAGUGCGUAUCGAGGACCUUCCAGAUAACCGAUCCAAACGGUAAACUCUUGUUUUCGGCCAACAACGAGCGCGUCGUGGUGGGCGCGAAAAAUCUGAAGGUCACCGGUGUUGGAGGUGCCAUUUUUGAAGGCAGCAUACAAACGCCACUCGUCAGUUCGGAAGCUGGGCAUGACCUCAGGCUGGAAUCAGCAACGCGGACGCUGAUCGUCCGAGCGCCCCAGCGAAUAAGCAUCGAGUCGUCGGCGAGCGGCAUAAGCGUGAACUGCCUGUCCCACCUGAAACUCACCAGCCAGGACGGGGCGGUAACGCUGGACUCGCGCAGCGUCUUCCUCAAGGGCCUGAGAACGGCUGGUGUCCAGGACAAGUCGCCCAACAGACAGCAGCGCCAAGGCGCCUCGGGUCGAGCUGCCGCCUCCGAAGGCAUCGCUGUCUAUCAACUCUGUGCCUGCGCCGACGGCAAGCUGUUCCUCGCGUCCCCCGAGGGCAUCUGCCAGGCGGAUAAGAACACCUGCUAAUGCCGGGAUUUUCUUUUUCUUUGGGGGCACUUUGGACAUUACUUCAAACGCCGAUUUUACUUUGAACGUUUUUUGUGUGUUGUGUAAGAUGCUUUUUUCGGUUGAGAUAUCGAUAAUGGCGUUUUUGGACCUUUUGUUUUGCGUACAAGACGAUCAAAGUGAUCGUCAAGACUGACGUGGAUCGAUAUUUGUUGGGUGAAGGUAUGUUGUUUGUAGUUUUGGGUACGAAGCUGUAUCGUAGUUAAUGUAUACGAUAAAGUUAUGACCCAUCUUCGUACCUUUUUUUUCGAGGGAAUAUUAUUAUACACUAAUGGUGCUUUAAUACCUAACGGUAGUGAGAAAGUGAAAUUUUAUCGACGAAGAAUACGAUUUCGAUUAAGCUUGUGCGAGGAAUUACGCAAACUUUACACGUUAAACGAAAAUUGAGGGGUUGAUAAAAUGAAUAUAUAACGAGGAGCUAUUCAAUCUUACGUUGGAACUUAGAAUAACUUCAGAUUUGACAACGUGUUGAGUGAUUUCAUCAUGAUUUCAUAACGAUUCAAUAAUGAUUUAAUUGGCUACUCAAUGAGCAUUUUUUUAUUAAAUCAGUGUAUUUUCUUUAUUCUAAUAGGAAUGCUUCAUUAAAAUACUGAUAUAAUUCUUAGAUCACAACUUCGUCUGGAAAUAAAAUAUAAAUCCUUUGAAAUGAAUGCAUAAUAGUUCAAAAUGGCCAAUAAUAGUAUAUAAAUGCUGAUCCAGCUGGUACAUACUUUUAAGCACUAAAUUAAAAUUUACUUUUAGAAACA